UCUGCCUAUUUCUGGUGAGGUGGCUACAGAGUGAUGAAAGAGGAUUCUGACAGGCUGGUACUCUGUGAGCUUCUAGAGAACAGUCUGUUCAAACCCUUGGUUGGAAAACGCAUGUACUUUUCACUGGGCAAACAUCUUUACAGCACAACCUUCAUUCCAUGUCUGUCAAGGGCUCUAUGAAAUGCCCCCUGCCUCCAUCCAGCCCCACAACCCUGGAGGCCAAGGUUGAUGACCUACGAUUUAAAGUGGAGCAGCUCCUCUUGAGCCCAGGGAGAAGUUGCCCCAUGUGUGAGACCUGCGUUCGGCACAGCACACUGCAGGAGACUGUGACCAGCCAGCUGUCAGCUCAGACCAGACUUCUGGAUUCUCUUGAAAUGAAAGUCCUGGAGAUGAGAACAGCUCUGGAGGAACUUGCACGUGGUCUGGAGGACAGACAGUGUGAGAGAGCGUCUGUGCCUUUAGUGGCUCUACAGAGACGGAAAUCACUACCUGUUCGAACCUCUGCGGAGGAAGUCUAUGUUCGCUUGGACAGAGACUGUAAAAUGGUGCCACAUGCUUUUAAUAUGCCUUCGGAGAAAGGUAUUUUGCUAGAAAUCAAUGAAAACAAUGGUACGAUAAGAGAAGCUAAAAAAGAUUCAACAAACGUCAAAGUUCAACAGGAAGCUAAAUUGCAAAUCAAGGGAGAAAAAGAAACAUCCACUGUAACCCCAAGAUUGGAACUAUCUCAUCAUCAAACACAGAAAAUGAAUAAGAACAUGCCACCAAACCAGAAUGAUGUCCCGAAACCCGUCAUUGCUGCGUCAGUGGUGACCCAGAGGACUCCAGGUAUUGCCCCACCAAAGACAGAAGCCCAAGACAACAGGAAGGUGUCACUGCCAAACACCAAAGCACCUAUUCCUGUGACAAAGAUUGUGGUUUUGCCCGACGCAAUCAGAUCGAAGCAUAGUGAAGCAGUGAAUGUAACCCUACCAAAUCAAACCGUACCGAAAACAACUGGACUGGUUGCUCCAGAAAUGCCUCAAUGUACAGCUUCACUGGUACCCAACAAUCCUCCCAAUGUUCCUACAGAUGCAACACCAAUCCAAACAUUUCCCAAAACAAGUCUGGGUCCCCCUGUAGCAACUGCACAGAGUUCUGGAAAAUCAUCAGUAAAACCUACAGCACAAGAUGCAACAUUGUUACCGUCAAGCCACAAACCGCCAAAAACAAUGGGUUUGAAUGUUACUACAGCCACAAAAGAGGCUUUCGCACUCAGACAAGUGCACAGCUGCCCUAAUUCCCUACAGAGAUUACAGGUCCACACGGUAUCAGCACCUCUAGCUAAGAAAACUACUGAAGCAGUCGGAGCAGCAAACCACAGUUCAGGUGGAAUACAGAUUAAAAUAACUCCAGCUACAGACAAGAUUUCAGUACAGAUGAAGAGCAAUAACCCUCCUAAAACCUGUUUUAAAGUAAUAGAUGAUGCUUCACCUCAGCCCGCGCCGUUUGCUCACCGGUUUGUCUCGCUGAAGUCUAACCCUCCAGCCAGUGAUACCUUCAGUAUCCACACCAGAGAAGUGCUGGGAGGUGGUCGCUUUGGCAAGGUGCACAAAUGUACGGAGACAAAGACGGGGAUGAGGCUUGCUGCUAAAAUCAUCAACACAAGAAAUGCCAGAGAAAGAGACAUGGCACUAAAUGAGAUCCAGGUCAUGAACCAGCUCAGUCACCCCAAUAUCCUCCAACUUUAUGAAGCCUUUGAGGUCAAGAAUCAAGUUGUGCUGAUCCUGGAGUAUGUGGAGGGAGGCGAGUUGUUUGAGAGAAUCGUGGAUGAGAGCUGUCCGCUGACCGAGGUGGAUGCCAUGGUGUUUGUGAAACAGAUCUGUGAGGGUGUCCAGUACAUGCACCAGAUGUAUGUACUUCACCUGGACCUCAAGCCAGAGAACAUUCUUCUUGUUAAUCACUCUAGCCAUCAGGUGAAAAUUAUUGACUUUGGACUAGCGAGGAGAUAUAAACCACGAGAGAAGCUCAAAGUUUCAUUCGGAACGCCUGAAUUUUUAGCUCCGGAGGUGGUGAACUUCGAUUUUGUCUCCUUCCCUACAGAUAUGUGGACUUUGGGAGUCGUCACAUACAUGCUAUUAAGCGGCCUCUCUCCUUUUCUGGGUGAUGACGACAGCCAGACCCUCAACAAUGUGCUUAUGGGCAACUGGUACUUUGAUGAGGAUGCGUUUGAGCAUGUGUCUGCUGAGGCUCGGGACUUCGUCUCCAACCUGCUGAUCAGAGAAAGAAGUGGUCGUAUGAGUGCUACGCAGUCUCUCAAACACCCGUGGCUCAACAACAUCACUGAGAAAGCCAAGAGCAGCAACAUUGUGCUCAAGUCUCAGGUUCUCCUCAAGAAAUAUAUGGCCAGACGAAUGUGGAAGAAAAACUACAUAGCCAUUGCUGCAGCAAAUAGGUUUAAGAAGAUUGGAAGUUCAGGUUCCUUAACUGCGCUUGGAAUCUGAGAGUGUCAGAGAUGUCCUGCUGACUGUGCUCACUAUGUGUGCUUUUAUAAUACGCAGAUCAUGUCUUUGUAUUGUGUGCUGCAUUGCUCCCCACCUUUUGUAUCUGAACACUCACUGGCUGCAGUGCAAUUAUUCGAAUGCAUCUGUAACAUGCAAUAAAACUCAUGUACAAAUUACACAUUUCUCUUGAAUUUCCUUUUGGCAUCACUUUAUUAAACUCUGGCGUUUUUCAAGGAUUUGUUCAUUUAUCACUUUUGUCUUUACCAAAAUGUUAUUCUAAUUGAAAAAGCAUGUGGAAGAGACAAAAAAUAAAAAUAUAAGAAAAUGUUACUGUUAAACGGAGUAUGGCUUGCAGACCAGUGGUGUGAUCAUUGAAUCAGUUUUAUCUUAAACGUGAAUGGAAUACUGGUGGCUUUUGUCAUGUUUUGUGAGGUGAGUGCUAGACCAUAAACAGGAAGUAAAAACAGGAUGUUGUCCACAGUAAUGCAGUGCAGAAGAACCCGUUUUUGAAAAUACAUUCAUGUCAUUCUUUCGCUGAUGAAACACAAUGUUCUCCCUUGUUUAAUUGCAGUCUAAGUAAAGUUAAGUUACGGGUUAAAUAAACAGCAUGCCCAAUUUUUUGAACGCAACUUCAAAAAACAAAACAAUGACUUGGUUAAAUGUUGGUUAUGAACUUAUGAACUAUUUUUCAACUUUGCAGAGGAAUAAAUUUCAUUAAUCAUCAACAGUCACACUGGGGGAGGCUUAAACACAAAAUGAGAUCACACCCAACCCCUUGUAUUUAAAAACAGGAUCUUAAAUGGGAAAUUGUGUAAACCUUAGUGGAAUUUCCCUGGAAUUAAAAUUGCAUCAUUGCUGUCACCAGUGCUGAACUUAUAAUAGUAAUGAAAUCUAAAAGUCGUUUCUUUUUGUUACAGUACACUUAUUAAAAAAAAAAAAAAAGGUGCUAUAUAGCACCAUAAGAGGUGCUAUUCGUGGAUUCGUCACUUCCGCUAUGCUUGCCGCCAUAUUUGUGUCCGAUGUGACAACGAGCACAGCACAUCUCUAUUAGAUUUAAUAGAUAAUAUUAAUAUAUUGAAAUAAUAAAUUACCUUUUAACUACCAUUUCCCACACUGAUCCCUGGCCUUGAUUGUAUUUUUUAGGAUAGCAAGUGUAACAGUUAGACCAUGUAAUGUCCUGAUUACUUGUAAAUUUAAAACUGACAUCAGCUCAAAGCACUUUUGAGUCAAUGAUAGUGUAACAAGAUUACAUUAUUAGCUUACUACACAAUCUGAAUUUAAUUAGCUAAUAUUAGCACAAUUUAUAAUAAAUCAGUCUUUCUCGACAAAUUACUGUUUGAAUUGCGAACGUAGCCGCUCGAUGAAGGCUUUAAGAAUCCUCUGCCGGCUGGUCACUCCUGCUUCGCGCGAUUCCCUUCUCAGUCCACGUUUUGAUUUCAGCAAGUCAGUUUUGGUGAACGCAACAACACGAUUACUGACCAUGAGCCCAACAUCCAGCAAGCCAAGAAAACAUGCAAUCUACCUGAGGGAAGACAUCUUUCACUUCUAGUGUGGAUUUCAUUAUUGAAGCACAAAUCCAGGCACCAAAAG